CGCGUCUCUCAACGUCUUCUCGCUCUUCGAAAGCUUCUCGUUCUUUCGCAAAAGGCUGUUGAAGCAAAUGCAGCCAUGAACAAUUCGAUUUCUCUCAUACAAUCGGAGUUAGACGAGUUGACCCGGUUCUCAAAGUUGCACGACGAGUGCCUAGAAAGUGGAAAUUUCACUUUGAUCGAAAAAAGUCGAGCUGUAUUCGAGGAAAGGAAAUAUACUGUGCAAGAGCUGAUGAGAAAGGCAAAGUCUAGCGAGAUGGAGACAUUCAUCUCCGAAUGGAACAAGAAGGUGUCGGCCAUCAUCGAGUCCAUGAAUGGUAGUAUGGAUCCAGCCAAGGAUAUGCGUCUCAUUCUCUCACAGCACAUUUUCGAACAUCGGGCCGAAAAGAAUGAUCACUUCACCCAUUUUCUUCUCGACGAUUCACAGCGAGAGCCAACAUUGUACUGCUUGUCGGGAUUGACAACAUUGGCAGUUUAUCCUAGAAAAGGGAAAAGGUAA